GAGAAAACCCGAACACUGCUUCGGGCCAGUCUCUCUCUCCCCCUCUCUUUUGUUUACGUUUAUCCAACAACAUGGAGGACGAGCUGGUUGUUGACAUCGAGGGAGACGACACUGAAGGCAGUAUGAACGAGCCGGACGGAGGGGGUUUAGUCCGGGAGCAGUUCGUGCAGUCGGCGUGGACGAGCAGCGCUGGGAUACUGCCGUGGGAGCUGGACAGCUCCAUCAGCCCGGAGAACAGGGAGGUGAUAGAGAGAAUGUUGCUCGAGGAGCAAUACUACCUGAUAGGUAAGGACAUUCCUAAUCAUAUUUGGGAAAGUGAUGCUGACAACAAGCCCAAAGUGAAGAAUUCUCCAGCCAAGACCUCGGCCACAGCCUCGGGAUCCUCUUCUCGUUGGUCCAAACGGGAAAAGGACCUUUUUGAGGAAGGACUGGCUCAAUUUGGUCGGAGGUGGACGAAGAUUGCCAAGUUGGUGGACAGCCGUACUGUUCCUCAGGUUAAGAGCUAUGCCAGACACUAUUUUAAACACAAGGCUGAAUCAGAACCCAGAUCUGCAGCUCCCUCUGCAGGACCUGUGCCGCACCCCCCUCAGCCCACAUCCAGUCAUGCAUCCACUCUGGCCAACACUGUCCGUAUUGAGAAGCUGUCUGAUGAUGAGGAUGAGGAUGUAGACAUCACCGAUGACCUGAGUGAUGAAGGAAACGCUGGCGAUAAAUCACAGGCUCUGCUCAAAACUGGGUUCUGUGAGCCAGAGCAGCCAACAGGCUCUGAGAUUCAGAGAGACAGUCCCAGAGGAGAACAGAAAGAGGCAGGACAGGCUGAAGUAGAGAGCACCCAGGAGAAAAAGGGCCAACACAGCCACAUCUCUCUGUCUCCACCAAGUCAACAACCCUCAUCUAAAUUCCCUUGCUUGGAGGAGCCUGUUGUCACGGAGUUAGACAAUACAGUGCCCCCUCUUCUAAAAAGCCCUCGGACAGGAACUCAGAAAGACUCAAAGCAAAUGAAUGAUGAGUAUGAAGUCCAGAGCUCCCAGUCUGAGAGCUCAGGACAGACCGGUCAACUGGAAGAAGCCUGUAGUGAUGGGACAGAUUCUGCUGAUAAGAUGGAGCAGAUUCUAAAUCAGAGAUCAGAAGAAGACCUGGGGGAGGCGGAGGAGAACGAGGACGAGGAAGAGGAAGAGGAGGAGCUCAAGGUACCUGAGCAGGAAAUUAUGAUGGACAAGGAGACCAUCACUGAGGAUGAGAAACAAGCUAUUCCAGAGUUCUUUGAGGGACGGCCAUCGAAGACCCCUGAAAGAUAUCUGAAGAUCAGAAACUACAUCCUGGAUCAGUGGUUGAAGAGCAGGCCUAAGUACCUGAACAAGACGUGUGUUCGCCCAGGCCUGAAGAACUGUGGAGACGUCAACUGCAUUGGGAGGAUACACACCUACCUGGAACUCAUCGGGGCCAUCAACUUCAACUGUGAGCAAGCAGUGUAUAAUCGCCCAAAGGUUGUGGACCGCUCCAAGCAUAAGGAGGGCAAAGAUGUGCUUGAGGCCUAUCAGCUCGCUCAGAGACUGCAGAGCAUGCGGACCAGGAAGCGCCGUGUGAGGGACAUCUGGGGAAACUGGUGUGAUGCUAAAGACUUGGAGGGACAGACAUAUGAGCAUCUCAGUGCUGAGGAACUCGCUCUGCAGAGAGAGGAGAUGAAGAAGCAGCCUAAACCCUGCAAGAUGUCCAGAUACAGAGGGUCUUUUGAUCCCUUCCAGCUGAUUCCCUGCAGGUCUUUUGGAGAUGAUGUACAGGAACCGUUCCAGGUCAUUGUGUGUGCAGAGACUCUUCUCAUCAUGGACAUGCAUGCCCAUGUGUCGCGGGGGGAAGUCAUUGGUCUGCUGGGCGGGACUUUUAAUGAGGAAGAGAAAGUAUUGAAGAUCUGUGCAGCAGAGCCAUGUAACAGUGUUAGUACAGGUUUGCAGUGUGAGAUGGACCCGCUCUCUCAGACGCAGGCCUGUGAUGUGCUGUCAUCCUUGGGCUUGAGUGUGGUGGGCUGGUACCACUCACAUCCCUCCUUCCAUCCAAACCCUUCAGUACGGGACAUAAACACACAGGACCAGUUCCAGAGUUACUUCUCACGUGGUGGAGCCCCCUUCAUUGGUAUGAUAGUGAGCCCAUACGACCCAGCUAAUCCAUCCCCCCACUCCCAAACCACCUGUUUGUUGGUGAAAGAGAGCCAGGAGCCCUCAGGCCCCCAGAAGCUGCCCUACAGAUUCGACUUCCUGUCAUCACAAGACAUCCCAGACUGGGAACAGACGAUGAGGAGAGCUCAGUGGAUCAUCCACAAAUACUCCCAAACACCUGGGAGUGUGCAGUUGGACAGAUUUUUCCGAAAAGACUCUCAUCUCACCUGUUUGGAGAAGAUGCUGUCAUCUCUCGCCAGGUACCUGGAGCCCCUGCCGGAUGAUGAGGGAGACCCCUUCCUCACCCAGAUCCAGGCCCUUUUCCAGUCAGACUUUAUUGCUAAGCAGCAACAGGAGGAGGGAGACUCUUUGAAUACCUCAUCCAGACCAGUGGACUCAGAUGACUUUGCUUUUGAUCAGCUGAUCAGCCAUGAGAAGCCCCAGGAAGGGAGAGGAGACUCUGAUCAGGAGUCUGGCAGAGUUGCAGACAACAGUGUACAGCCCAGCACAGACACAGACUCAGAGACAAACAGCAACACAGUGUUACAUCUGGGCUCAGUGUUAACAACUGAACAUGACUACUUACUUUGAUGGACCAAAUGUCUCUUACUUGUACUAUACAACAAUUAUUUAACUCAUAAAAAUACCAACUUUUAUGUAAACACUAUGAAGCGUAGUAUCAGUAUUACAAACUUUCUCAUUAAAUUUUUUUAAUUAUAUUUUAUUAUGUUAGAAUCAGAUUGAGUUCAUAUUAAAAUCCUUUAACCAAACACCUAAUGAUUGACCUGAUAGGUGUGUGUCUUUGUCUGUGUGUGUGAUGUUUUAGAGUGUGUGUAAUGGUGAAAGUUUUCUCAGUUCUGCUGGUUUCUUUUACACACGAAAUUAAAAAUGUAUUUUCAUAU